ACCGAUGCUAUUAAAAAAUGAUACAAAAAGAUUUUAUCAUUAAAUACGCCCUAAAGAAUAUUGUUUUCUUUUUUGUUUUACUUCAUUUACAAUCAGCCGCUUUGCAAGGAUAUAUCUUACAAUUUUGAUGUGUGCAACUUUUUGACGACAUUGACAUUUCCUCCGUCAAUUCGUGGACAGAAUGUUUGAAUUGAAAAUUACUGCGCUUGCGGCUAUGCUGUUUGCUGUUAUCAUUUCAAGAUAUAUGGCUGUGCCGGCAGGAAAUGUUUCGUCGCCCGGACAAACUUUGAUUGAUACAGGGAAAGAGCUCAACAUUCCAAGCCUUGAACUGAUUGGCAAAGUCAUCAACGAUCUCGCACAGGAUAUGUGCCGUCUGCAUCCGUGCUCUGACUGGAGCGACUGGUCAGCAUGUAAUUAUGAUAUAGCAGAAGAAUAUAGCCGUUUCGGAGGUCAAAAUCGUACAAGAAACUGUGGCUUUAAUUCUACAGUUUGUACACGAUAUGAGGAUAGCAAUGUAGAAUAUGAAUUCAGAGUUUGUAAAUGUAGGGAUGGCUAUACCGUCACAAGACACGGAUACUGUAUAAAGUAUUUUCGCAAUCUACUCAAGCGGGAUGCUGCAGCAGCAAAGUGUCAUGGUGACGGCGGAUAUCUGAUAAAUAUUGGCUCUGCAAGGAAGUUGAAGGACGUAAACGAUGCAUUUCAAACUUUCUCUGCGGGUACAAGUUUUUGGGUAGAUGGUAUUAGAGAUCAAGCAGCUGGCAAAUGGGAGUUUGAGAAUCAGCCGGAGGACCCUUCUUUCACCUACUGGGCUCCAGGUAAACCUGGCGGUUGCUUCUGCAAGCUUGAUCAGUAUGAAACCGUAAAUGGCAAAAGGAAAUUGUAUUCUUAUGACAUAGCCUGUUACCACUCAAAACCAUUUAUGUGCGAAAUAUUCCCAUAGAGGAUGAUGAAAAGAUAUUUAUGUCCACAUCAAAAUUGUUUAACAUUUUAACAACCACUGAUUGAUAAUGUCUCUAUACAAAAUGAUUAAGCUGAGUAAUUGAACAUCUAAUUUUCUUCAGGGAUAAUAUUUUUAAGAAUAUCCUUAAUUUCAUUAUCAUGAAAAAUGGUGUUAACAUAGCAAUUUCUACUAUCUGUUUCAAGCAAAGAACGUAUACUGAUAUCUUGGUGUAUACAUGGUGUUAAAGACAUUUCGAAGUACAUGGAUUUAGACCAGUCAUUAUCAUACUAUGAUGAUCUACAUAAAAUUUGAAAUACACUGAUCGCAUGGCCUUUCAAGUUCUACUUUUAUUCAAACACAAAUUUCUUCUCCCUGUUUCUUAAACAUGCUGAAGGAAAUAAGUUGAUGGGAGGAAUUACAGAUAAACUUUACUAUUUACAAAUAAUAAGAAAAAAAUCAUCUCUGUUACGAUUUCCAAUGAGUACUGAAAUACUAGUAUUACUGUAGUGUAAAGUUUAUUUGAUAACUGGACAGUGAAAAUAUCUAUUAACCAAAAUUUGAUUAAAACUGAAAUAGAUAGAAAAAUUGUUUGUUUUACAUGUACUCGUGAACAGCCAGACUAACAGUUUCCGGCCUGGUUAUGGUGUCCAUGCGAUGAAAGAUAUUGUGAAAUUAUGUUAUCAUUAUAUUGAAACAAAUAUAUAUAUAUAUCCUCUUUA